GUGCCGGUGCGUGCUGGUGAAGAUGGCGGCGGUGUGCGGGUGGCUCCUGAGAUGUGGAGGGUAUCUUCCACCCCAUCAAAUCGUGCGUCAUGGAUCCAAGGCUGUCACUCGGCACCGCAAGCCCUUGCAUAUUCUACGUCAGAAGCUGCUGGCUGUCACUGAAUAUAUCCCUCCCAAGCCUGCCAUCCCAGAAAGAUGCAUUAGAGCUCCGAAGCAGGAGGUGAAAGAGCCAUUCGGUUUUGAAAAGCUCCUCCGGCGAGAGGUUGAAGUAACAUUCAGGGAGAAUAAAAUGAUUACCGUUUUCCAGAACAACUCCAUCAAAUCAGAUGACCUGAAAUUACUUCGCCAUCGAUUACUGAAACAUGAUAUUCGCAUGAAAUUCUUCCCUAACCAGAUUCUGCGUUCGUGUUUAGAAACUACCAAGUACAGGAACCUGCUGCCUCUGUUUAUUGGCCACAAUAUCGUUAUUGUGAGUAAGGAGCCCAAAGCAAAAGAGCUUCUUCAAACCGUGCGCAAUACAACUCAGAUCAGUUUACUGGGUGCUUGUAUUGAAGAUGUACUGUUCAGCAGACAGGGCGUGGUUAACUAUUCCAGACUCCCAGGAAUGCAGAUCAUCCGUGGGGAGAUUGUCAGUGGCCUGACCCUUAUGACGUCUCAGACAUGCCAGCUUCUACAGUCUGGCCCUGCGCACCUUACUGCCUUGUUGGAACAGUACGUGAAACAGCAGAGUGAAGCUGCCACUGGACUAAAAGAGCCUGAGAAUCUAGAGCAGAAGGAAAUACAAGGGAGUCCAGGAUCUUAAUACUUUUGGAAUUUGGGAUUUUUUUUUCUGGGUGACAAAAUAUCUCUCUGCUUGAGGAAUUACAUGGAUUCUGGAGGAAAUAAAGCCACGUGACUAUUCAUGUGUAGAAAUGUAAAGGACUGUUUAAUUAUUGGAAGCUAGCUCGUAUCUUUUAAUAACAUUGUAAAAUGUGGGAGCAGCAGUAGGCUGUUUGGCCUCUCGAGCCUGCGCCACCAUUCAGUAGGAUCACAGCUGAUCUGACAUUCCGCACGUCUUUUUUCCUACGCUUUCCCCAUGCCCUUCAUUCCUGACUGUUCGUGAAUAUAUCUCGGCCUUAAAUGUCCCAAAAUAUAUUGCUUUUGCUUAUGAUAUGGCGCCUUACCAAAUGGUUUCUGGACAGUAAAUCUACUGUUUCCUCUUUAUCACAGCAAUUUUAGACAUCAAAGAACUCCAAUAAACUGCUAAAACGAUAUUUCCAUUUUACAAAACUGUUAACUCUGACAGAAAAUAAAAACUCAUGAAGUAGGGGAUAACGUAGUAGCAUGACAGAAGAUUAUCCAGUUAAUGGGAAACAGAGAUUUGGCAUAAAUGAGUAAAUUUUUUGGUUGAGAAGAUGUAAUGAGCAGUUUGCCACAGGGAUCAGUGCUGAGAUCUCAAGUUUUCACGAUUAAUAUCAAUAACUUAGAUGAAUGGACUGAAGGUUUGGUUGCUAAAUUUGCAGAUGACAUAACGAAAGGUAAAUAAAGAAAAGUGAGUUUUGAGAAGGACACGAGAUUAUGAAAGAAUAUCAUUGGGUUAAGCGAUUGGGCAAAGAUCUAGCAAAUGGAGUGAAUUGUCGGAAAUGUAAAAAUUGUCCAUUUGGUAGAAAAUAUGAAAAUGAACAAUAGUCUCUAAAUAGUGAGGGAUUGCAGAGCUCAGAGAUGAAGAGGGAUCUGGAUGACUUAAUGUAUGAAUUGCAAAAGGUUAGAAAGUGGGUACAGCAAGUAAUUACAAAGGCUCUUAGAAUGUUAUUUCUAAUUACAAGGGAAUUGAAUACAAAAGUAAGGAGGUUAUGCUUCAGUUGCAAAGGGUGUUGGUGAGACCACCUCUGGAGUACUGGUUUCUUUAUUUAAGGAUGGAUGUAAAUGGGUUUAUUUCAGGACAGUUCUGAAGAAGAGUCAUAGUGGACUUGAACAGAGUUCUCUGUUUCUCUUUCCAAAGAUGCUGCCAGACCUGCUAAAUUUCUCCCAGAAUUCUUAGAUUGUUUCAGAUUUCCAGUUUCCACACUAUUUUGCUUUUAUUCAUUUGAGGAAAAGGGACUGACUAUGCAGGGUAGCUGGAAUUGCUCGCAUUUAGAGGUAGCUUGGGACUUGAAUUCUGUAUGUGGAUUGGAAUUUCAGUCGUCACAAAAUUCGAAAUCUUGAAGAUUUACUGGGAGAUGAUCUGAUUCGCCAAAAAAGUUUUUUUAAAUGCUAUAGAAAUGUAGCAUUUAUUUAUGUAUUUAUAUUUGCUGUGUUGACCCUCUAUAAUUACCUAAUCAAUGAAUAAAUAUGAUAGAAUAUUUUUAGCCUGUAAAUAGUAGCCUCACGUUAUUUUCCAGGAAGUUGAAUUGUUUAAGUGACGUUUUUCAAUGGGUGGACAACCUACAGCUAAAGGGGAAUGAGUUUUCUGCACACCUUGGGCAUUUCUUGAUGUCAUGUCCGAGACUAUCUGUUCCUUGAGCAAAGAGGUCAAACCUGUAUAAUAAUGGCUAUGAUCGGUUUUGGCAAUGAGCCUGUAAUAAUGCUUAGUGUAUUCAUUACUGGACAAUACAUGAGAUACACUUCACCUUUAACUGUCCUUUUGGGAAGAUAGAUUAACCAAGGAGCAGAUGGGGUAUGCCAUUUGGCUCUGAAAGCCAGCACUACCAUUCAGUAAGAUCAUGUUGAUCUGAUUAUAACCUCAAAUCUGCAUUCUUGCAUACCCCUGAUAAACGUCUACCCUUUGCCAAGAAUCGAUCCAUAGCUGCCUUAAAAAUAUUUGAAGACUCUGUUUCCACUGCCUUUUAAAGAAGGGAGUUUUCCAAAUACAGUUACUGCACACAAUGCUCCAGAAUUUCAUUGGUGAACUUUGUGCACGUGUUGAGGCAGGCCAUAACACCGAAUAUUUCUCAACUUUCUGAUCCAGUGUUUGCAUUAACCUUCCCAUAAUGAAGCUAGACUAAAAUGACUACAAAACAAACCCCCUACUGUUUUGCCUACCAAUGUGCUUAAAUCUUGGUGUUUGAGGCUCGUUCCCACUUUCAACUGAAUGGCUUUGCAAUUAAGAGCAAACUGUUUAAUGCAAGAUCCCCCAUUUGUCAUUAAAUACAUCCAAGAUUAAGAUUUGGUGUAAGGUCAUGGUUAAGGUUUUUGCUUGAUUUUCUCUUACAAAUAGAAUGUGAAUGUGUACUGUGGCAAGAAAUAAUAAAAUAAUCAUGCUUGCUAUUCAUAGAAUUCUUCAGACUACUGUUGGCAUUUAGUACAAAUAACCUUUAGCCCCCUUGCUGAUAUUGUUAGUAAAACAAGGAUGUACAAGGGAUGAGACAUUCUUCCAGACAAGAGGGUGGGCUAUAUUGAAAAAGAAAAUCAAAUGGAUAAACAACAGUUAAGUUAGGAAAUGGAAGAAAACUUAUCAAAGUGUAUUAUGUUUCUGGAGCCCUGCAGAGAUCUUAAGCUUUCCGUAUUGGUAGAAAAAAAACAAUUGAUGAAGGUUUUGUUCUGUAGCUAAUGCAAAGACGGGUGAUAUAGCUUGCUUUCUGUUAUCAUUACUGCUCAAGAUUUUGAGUGCAACUCAGUAAAAAUUAUAUGCAAACAAGUGGUAUCAGGUUUAAAAACCUUACAGUAGAAUUUAAACUCUUAAGUUUUAAAAAAAAAAUUCUUGUUGAUGUUAUAUGUUGACUUUCACAUCAAAUUCAGUGGCGAAUUAAAUUAAUGUGAUGGGUAAUUAUUUUAAAAGGUGGAUUAUCUUUUAACAUUUACGAUGAAAUUUGCAAAUUAGUAAACUGAAUGAGUUAACUAAUUUAUUCAUUUUGUAAUGUGAUGUAAAAUGUCAAAGAAAUCAAACUAAGAAAAAGAAUAUAAUGGAAUUGAUUCUCAUUAAUGGGAAAAUGUCAAGAGUUGGAGAAACUGAACACAGCAAAAUUGGUUUGUGACUUGUAUAAAUGAAUGAGUCUAAUGUGUCUUUCAUAGUUCAUGUCACAAGGCAACGAGACUUCUAAAUAUAGAUGUAAUGUCUAGGUUGGCUUUUGGUGUAAUCGACAGUGAAGUCAUAUAAUAUUUUGGUCCAGGAAGUCUAGUUUUUGAGAGGCUUCAGAAAUGUGAACUGGUCAUUGUAAAUAUCUAUUUUUACUAAAGUGGCAGCACUUCUGAUUAUCAGGGAGAAGUUCACAAGUAAGGCCCCAUACUAAGGAGUGAUGGGUUAGGAGAAAUUAUAGAUACUCAACUUUGGUUCCCACAUAUGACAGGUCGUCAUGAUGUAAACUCUGCUUUUCCAUAGAUGCUGCCAUACCUGCUGAUUGCUUUCAACAUUUGCUGUUUUUAUAUCAAAUUUCCAGCAUCUGCGUUAUUUUGCUGUCAUUGCAAUUGGUAACCUCUAUUUAGGCUUUAUGUUUUAUCGAUCUAAAAUGCUAUCUUUGUACAUCUCUUAUGAUGUCUUUCUGGUUGAAUUUUUCUUCCUAGUGAAAGGCUUCCGAUUAGAUCUUUCCUUUUCCUUUCACCUUUACUAAAGCUAGAGUAUUUGAGUAUAUAAAGACAGAUGUUAACCGCCACAAUUGAAUAUUAAAACAUGAAUGAGAUGACAUCAA